AUGCAAGUUUCCAAGUCAAGAAGAUCAUUUUAUCUCCAAGUGUUAGUUCUCGCUGCGCGCAGAACGAAGCUUCGGAAGUUUGGCCGCGCGCGGAGGAGUUCCCGACGUCCAAAAGUUACGAUCUUGAUAUGGAAAGAUAGAUACUUGAGUCAUGCAUCACGUCGAAGUGGAAUGAAGCCAUUUGGAUCAACUAUGAGGCCUAGAACUUAUUUUCUACCGAGACAUGUCCGGUCCAAAACCACCUCAUAUUGCGAGCUAGCUACAAACCAAUCUCACAAGGUGUUAAGUGAGAACACUUCCUCCUCGUGUUCGACCCCGACUACAACACGGCUGUGCACUUGCAGCUCAUUAGUUGGGUUUAUAAAUUGUGAAAAUUUGAGGCAAUCUAAACCCGCCAUCAGGGGGAUGAGUUCCUCACCCCUGGUGGUGGCGUUCCCUCCUCUGAUCGGCGUGAUCGUGGUGGUUUCGGAGGAGGGGAAUCAUCUCGGCGUUCAAGUGAGACUGAUGAGGCGGUGUCUCGUCACUCGGAGGCGGGCUGGUUUUGCUCCUGACUCGAACCUCGGUGCUGAGGGUGGCGCCGGAAUCCCAAAGGAUGGUCCUGAGGGCUAUAAUCCUCACGCGUUCAAGACGUGGUGGAAUGGCGGGAGUCCUCUUAUGGAGGACCAGGAUGCUUGCGGAGGGGCGACUUGGAUGCCUAAAGUUCAUCCCGGCUUGGGAAUUCCGCUUGAGGAGCUCACCUUUAGGACCGAUUUCGACGAAGCUGCUCAACAUCAUAUUAUGUCUGGCGGGAAGUUCACCGCGUUGGUCCAGAAGUACGAGACGGCGCUUCGGGCAGCUAAGGACAAAGCCUUUGUGUUGCGGCGAGAGCGGGAGAUGGCCAAGGAUGUCGAUACAAUGGUGGCUGAUUUGCAGCAGGAUAAACUGGUGCUUGAGUCGAAGGUCGCGGCGCUGAACAGGGAGAUAGUAGUGAGGAGGUAG